AUGAUAUUUUCGACUUUAGAACAUAUAUUAAUUCAUAUAUCCUUUUCAGUUGUUUCACUUGGAAUUACAAUUCAUUUGAUAACCUUAUUAGUCGAUGAAUUCGUAGAACUAUAUGAUUCGUCAGAAAAAGGAAUGAUAACUAGUUUUUUCUGUAUAACAGGAUUAUUAGUUACUCGUUGGAUUUAUUCGGGACAUUUACCAUUAAGUAAUUUCUAUGAAUCAUUAAUCUUUCUUUCAUGGAUCUUAUCCAUUAUUCAUAUGGUUCCAUAUUUAAAAAAACAAAAUUAUUUAAGCCCAAUAACAGCGCCAAGUACUUUUUUUACACAAGGAUUUGCUACUUCGGGUCUUUUAACUAAUAUGCACCAAUCCGGCAUCUUAGUCCCUGCCCUUCAAUCCCAGUGGUUGAUGAUGCACGUAAGUAUGAUGGUAUUGGGCUAUGCCGCUCUUUUAUGUGGAUCAUUAUUAUCCGUAGCGCUUAUAGUAAUUACAUUUCGAAAAGUUAUAAGAAUUAUUGAUAAUGAUAAAAGAGCAAACUUGAAUUCAUUUUCCAUUGGUGGAACGCCAUACAUCACGAAAAAAAGAAAUGUUUUAAGAAAUACUUCUUUUUCUUUUCUUUAUUCUAGGAAUUAUUACAAAGUUCAAUUGAUUCAACAAUUAGAUCAUUGGGGUUUUCGUAUUAUUGGUAUCGGAUUUCUCUUUUUAACCAUCGGUAUUCUUUCAGGAGCAGUCUGGGCUAAUGAAGCGUGGGGGUCCUAUUGGAAUUGGGACCCAAAGGAAACUUGGGCCUUUAUUACUUGGACCAUAUUCGCGAUUUAUUUCCAUAUCCGAGUAAAUAAAAAUGGGGAAGGUUUAAAUUCCGCAAUUAUCGCUUCUAUUGGCUUUUUUCUAAUUUGGAUAUGUUAUUUUGGGGUUAAUUUAUUAGGAAUAGGACUUCAUAGUUAUGGUUCAUUUACAUUAACAUCUAAUUGA